UCCCCUUGCGACUACGGCGCUGGCUGAUUUUCACACGACAACAUACCAGUGAACUGCAUUAGCAAGGUCGAAAGUAGGACAAUAACGCAGACUUUGCACUAUAUGCUCGUCCAAAGGUUUUGUUGUAUCGGUUACGGGCUCUUGCCUUUUAGAAACAUCACUGUGAAAUAGCAGUUGAGUGCUUUGCACGUCCAGGCUGUAUUUUCGUUCGUACAGUGGUUGCAUUUAGCUGGUUUAGCAGUCAUCAUGGCUAUGGUGGGACUGAGAGCCUCUUAUCGCAGAAUCCUGGACAAGAUCGAGCAUAUGCUCCCGGCUAAACUGAGACCUGUUUAUAACCACCCAGCAGGUCCAAAGACUGUGUUCUUCUGGGCACCAAUGUUUAAAUGGGGUCUGGUGUUAGCUGGCUUAGCAGACAUGAGACGUCCAGCAGAUAAACUCAGUACCUCCCAGUCUGCUGUAUUGACAGCCACAGGUCUUAUUUGGUCCAGGUAUUCCCUGGUUAUAAUACCCAAGAACUGGAACCUCUUUGCUGUAAAUUUCUUUGUUGGAAGUGCAGGAGGAUCUCAGCUCUACAGAAUAUGGCAGUGAGUACUCCACCUUUCU